AUGAGUAAGGACAUGGAAGCUGCCAUCAGCAUGCAGUUCGACCUUUACGGGCACAUCGCUCGCUCGUACGAGAACUUGAAAAAGGUAGGCUCUGCUCACUAUACUAUCGGCUUAGUGGAAGCGCGUCUACAAGCCCUCGAAUCCAACUGGGAAAAAUUCGACACCCAGCACGACAAGCUCCUCGCCACAUACAGGGAGGCCCUGGCAGGACAUGACUACCUGAAGAAGGACAUGCAGUCCCUUACGGAGGAAUCUUACAUCGCACAGAAGAGUAUGUUCCUUGACAUAUUCCGCUCCCUGAAGAAUAAGGUCAGCGCGGAAGCGCCUGCUGUCGGCGCGAAUUUCUUGCAGACAUCGCGCACGACUUUGCCGCGGAUCCAGCUGCAACAAUUCUCAGGUCGGUACGAAGAGUGGCUUUCCUUCCGGGAUCUCUUCAACUCACUCAUCGUGAAAGAUGCCUCCACAGCUCAAGUCGAGAAGUUUUACUACUUGAAAACGUGCUUGAAAGGUGAGGCGGAACUAUUAAUCCGCAGUUUGCCGACGACUGCCGAAAAUUUCGCUUCAACUCACUCAUCGUGA